UACUGGGGGAAGGUUAGAGGAAUAGAAGAGGAUACGUCACACAUUGAGUUUCAAUCGGUGUUUCAUUUCUGUUUGGCAGUAAAACGCCUGCGUGAAAAUUUUUUCUCCAUAUUAAAUAAGGAAAAGUACGCGUCAGGAUAUCGAACACAACCACAUAGACUUCCACAAUCACUGUUGCUGUUGCUUCUGCUUGUGCUUGUGCUGAAUUGCUCUGGCGGCGGGUAAAAGUUUUGGAAUCUUAGUGAAGAUUCGCAGUUGUUAGCAUCGCCUAUUGGCGUAAAGGCAAUCGCGGGAGUGAAAACGAUUCUGAAGCAUUAACAGGCGGCAAAUGUUGAAGAGGAGAAGUUAAAAUCGUCAGUAAAAAAAAAACUAGAGGGAGAAUGUUUCUAAGUUAAGAACUAAAGAAACUAUAAUUUUGAUAGUGCUGAAAACAUAUACGCACAACAGUGAACGCUGUUCAAUCCUCCUCCUUUAGUCCAGCGGGACUAAAGGUGUGGCGUUAAGCACGACAAUGCUCAUACGCCUUCGAUAUGGUAGACGUCUGCAGAAUUCACUGAAGGUUGUUGCAUGUGUGCUCCUUGCGGCAUUCUACAUAACGUUUUUGUUUCGGGAAUCCAUAAAUGCUUAUGAACAGAACAAGGAAAAAACGAUAUUGGAGAGCAAUGUGAUUGCGAAUGGAAAGCGCCGAGAAUAUGAAAAAGGACCAAAAUCAAGUAAACAUUUCUUACGCCAACAACGACUGCACAAACUACAACAAUACAGAACCAAUCAAACUUCGUCUCUCUCUCAAACAAUCAAACCCACACAACUAACAACGCUCAAUCCUGUUUAUGACUACUCCGAAGAAAUCCACAGUGCCACCGAAAAAGAGUUGGAACAGCGACGAGAGCAUUUAAAUAAAGUUUGCAAACGUUAUAAUUUACAAUCUAACUACCCACCGAAUCCUUGGGAGUUUUUCAUUUCUCCCGGACACAAUAUAGUCUGGUGCAAUGUUUUCAAAGCAGCGAGCAGCACUUGGAUGUAUUACUUUAAUGUUUUGGGUGGCUAUGACAUAAGAUUCCUCCAACGUACCGAAUCACAACCACUGGAGUUGGCCAGAAAACGUUUUCCUCGACCGGAAAUCAAUGAGUUACUUGACGUCUUACCUUCAUCAUUAUCAUUUCUCUUUGUACGUAACCCAUUUGAACGCAUUGUUUCAGCAUAUCGCAACAAACUGGAAGGUGGACGUAAUCCAUACUAUAAAACUUUAGGUCAAAAGGUCAUACACCAAUACCGAAAAUCUGCAAUACCAGGCCUUCGCCCGAAAUCUGGACCAACUUUUGAAGAAUUUUUAAAGUUUCUUAUCAACGAACAUAAGCAGAAGAAACGCUUCGAUGAGCAUUGGGCACCUAUUUACAGCUUUUGUACGCCUUGUAGUAUUAAUUUUACAAUUAUCGGUAAGGUUGAAACCUUCAAGAGGGACUCCGAAUAUAUAAUACGACAGGCUGGUUUAGAAUCACUUUUACUAGGCAAAUUACCCAAACAUAAAUUACGCAAAAUUGGCAAUCAAGCAUCUGGCAUAAAAACGGAUGCACUCCUUGAAAGAUAUUUUUCCGAAAUCAAUCGUAAGACGUUGGAUCAAUUGCUGGAUAUUUAUCGUCUAGAUUUCGAACUUUUCAACUACAAUUUCAGUAAAUAUUAUGACGUUGUACAAGAUCUACCAACUUCAAUAGAAUCAAACACAAUGUCAUCAAUACAGGAGGUAAAGGCAGACUUAAACCUGAGAAACGCGGACCAAGUGGAACUGACGAAGACGAUUACUUCGACGGGUGCAAGUUCACAAUAACGAAACCAACGUAUUAGAGAACUAUUUCGUGAUACCUUCGAUAUUUUUAAACUCAUGAUAUCUUCACAUACGCGUUCAUAUAAAUAUAACAUAUUUUGGAUAGUUUGUUCAUCAUCUCACCAGUAUUUCACUGCAUGCAUACAUACAUACAUACAUAUAUAUAUAGUUAUAUUAAACCCCAAGUACCUUAAAGAAUAGCUUAUAAAGAAGAGUCUUGAAUAUUCGUAAGUUAAGCCAAAAGUUUGCCAAAUUUUUAUCCAUUAAGUUUAAGUACGAACUCACUUUGAAAGUGGAAAGCACAUACAUGCCUUCAGUUGUCAGAUAAACAGAGUUACUUCUGCCACGAACUUCGAAAAUUGGGGAUGAUUUGAUUGUUAAGAUCUGGUAUAGCUAGGAUGACUAAUUUGUUAAAAAAAUACCUAUUCUAUUCUGACUUCUAGAAGCUGUUCUAAAGAAGUAAAGGGAUCCUUUAAGUGUCUUAAAAGACACAUGUGGGGAACAAGUAAUAUAAAAUUUUAGAUUCGAGUUCGUGUUA